GUUAUCUUCUCCCUGCUGAAAAUAAGUCGAUAUAUGAGUAAUUGUGAAGAUAUUCGCCGGUGAUUCCCGCCAUCAUGGUUUACUCCACUCUCCAGAAGUCGCCUCCGCUCGACUUGUCGCAUCAUCUCUCUCUCGUGACCAAGCGACGAGAACCUAGUCUCGUGAAGAGCCUAUAUAAGUAUAUGCUUCGGCCCGACAUUGAGAAUUUGGCGGGUGGCUUGCCAAAUGCGUCAUACUUCCCCUACGACACCCUCGAGGCCACAGUGGUCCACCCGCAGCGGUUUCCGGUAAGUCCUAGCACGACCGGAGAUGACGUGCGUUCGACGGAGCGCAUGGUCGUGCCGCGAGAAACCCCGAAUACCAGUCUAGCCCGGAAGAUCGAUGUCGCCACGGCCUUGCAGUAUGGCACCGCGGAGGGCCUGCCGGCCCUGGCCACGUUUGUGCGCGAAUUCGCCCGGGAGCAUCUCCAUCCUAACGUCCCCUACGCGGGCGGGCCGGCGACCCUGCUCACGACGGGGGCGACCGAUGGCCUGUCCAAGGCCGUCGAAGCCUUCACCACCGCCUGGGACCCCCGGCGGGACUAUAUCAACCAGCGCGAGGGCGUGCUCUGCGAGGAGUUCGUCUUCAUGAACGCCAUUCAGACCUUCCAGCCCCGGGGCGUCAACGUCGCCACCGUUGCCGUCGACACGCAGGGCAUGCUCGCCCAUGGCAAAGGCGGGUUGGCGGAUGUUCUGGAGAACUGGGAUUUCAAGAAAGGACGUCGCCCGCACUUGAUGUAUACCAUCACAAUCGGCCAAAACCCAACAGGUGGGACUCUGUCCGUUGAGCGACGAAAGGAGAUCUAUUCGUUGUGUCAGCAGUAUGACAUCCUCAUCAUCGAGGAUGACCCAUACUGGAACCUCCAGUACCCGUCUGCAGCAGCCACGGAGGCCCAAUAUCGCGGCUCGCCGCUGGCGGUCCAUCCAAAGCCGCGCAACUACAACGCGCACGGCCGGUCAUCGGGGUACGCGUUUCUGGACUCGCUGAUCCCCUCGUAUCUUUCGCUAGACACGGACGGACGCGUCGUGCGGUUAGACACGUUCUCCAAGACGAUUGCGCCGGGGUGUCGGUUGGGGUGGAUCACCGCUCCGCCGGCGUUCAUCGAGCGGUUGACGCGUAUCACGGAGACGAGCACCCAGCAACCGUCUGGGUUCGUGCAGGCCAUGGUGGCCGAGUUAAUUCUGGGGCAGCAGGUUGACUCCCCCGACGGCGUGGCGGCCGGCAGUAAUAGUAAAAAUAGCAAGGGCGAGCAGCGCGCCUGGCAGAUGGAUGGCUGGGUGCGGUGGCUGGAGGGGCUGCGCGCGAGCUACGAGCAGCGCAUGCGCGACAUGUGCACCGUCCUGGAAGAAGGGAAGUAUCUGGUCGAUACGAGUUCCGGUUGUGCUCACUCGGAGGAUGAAGAGGCCACUUGGGAGGUGUUGGAUAAGGUGCAGAUGUUUGACUUCGCUUGGCCCACUGGGGGCAUGUUCGUUUGGCUUAAGGUCAGCAUCGAGACACAUCCCUUGCUGCAGACCUAUGGAGCCGAGAGGCUGAUCAAGGCGCUCUGGUUGCAUUUGAUGGAAGAGCCAUUCUUGUGUCUGGUGGGUCCCGGGUCAUUGUUCGCUCCCACCCCUGCGGCGGUCAUUCGGUCGCAGCAGUACUUCCGACUUUGCUUCGCAGCGAUGCCAGCAGACGAGAUCUCCGACAUUACUCGGAGGUUAGUAGAGGGGUUCCGGACUUUCUGGAAAAGGAAGAACUUGGAUGGAAUAAAGGAUGAAGAGACGAUGCUGCAGGGCCAUAGAUCAGAUCUCCCCUCACCAACCGUUGCAAUCAAAGCCGCAAUGUCAAUUUCCAACCCAGAUCUGGCCGACGAACUCGAAGCCAUAAACGCAAUCUACGACCCCGACACCAUCACAAUCUCCAGCACAGGAACCAGCACCAGCAGCACUACCACAACCCUCGACCUGGGCAACACCACCACUCCCGAAGAAGCAACAACAACAACAAGCACAACAACCCUCAAACUCCAAAUCCCAAACCACCCGCACCUCUCCUUCCUCCUCAGCUUCCCAGCAACCUACCCGGACACCCCGCCGCGCAUCCUAGGCACAGCCUCAACCGCCGCCCGUGGCGAAGGCAAGCUAGCCGUCGACGUGCUCGCCGACAUCCUCUCUCGGAGCUACACGCCAGGCUCCGUCUGCCUCUUCGACCUGAUCUCCGAAGCGGAGACGACCUUCACGGAACUAGGGGUGGGCGGGGAUACCGUCCACAACAAUCCCAACUCCAACUCCAACCCCAAUCCCAAUCCAUCUACAAACAGCAACAAUGGCACAGGCCCCACAGAAAUCGCACCAAACACCGCAGAUACGAGCGCCCUCCACCUCCACGAAACCUUCGGGCUAACCGCUCCACCGGAAUGGGUUCUCUCGGAUGUGAUCACGGAGAAGAAGUCCGUGUUCGUGGGGCGGGCGGCGCGGGUGACGAGCCUGGAGCAGGCGAAGGGGUUUCUGGAUUAUUUGUUGGCGGUGGAGAAGAAGGUCGCGGGCGCGACGCAUAAUAUUAGUGCGUGGAGGAUCAGGGAGAGGAAGGUUGCGCUGACGGGGAAUAAGGCGGCUACUGCUCUUGGUGCUGGUGCUGAUGCUGCGGGCGAUGUGUCGAUUGUGCAGGAUUGUGAUGAUGAUGGGGAGACGGCGGCUGGUGGGCGACUGUUGCAUCUGAUGCAGUUGAUGGAUGUGUGGGAUGUCGUCGUGGUCGUGACUAGGUGGUAUGGUGGGGUUUUGCUGGGCCCGGAUCGGUUUAGGAUCAUUAAUGCUGCGGGGAGGGAUGCGUUGGUUAAGGGGGGAUUUGUGAGGGAGUCUGGAGGCAGUGGGGAUGGGAAGGGGGGUAAGAAGAAGGGGAAGAAAUGA